AUUGAUCCGAAAAAUCCAAGCAAGCUUGCUUUUUUUUAAUUAUUUUUGAUAAAGCGAGUAUUAAAGUAUGCUGUUCGAACAUGGAACUGUGAGCAUGCCGCGUGCAUGUAUGCUGUUCGAACUGGGAGUAUUAAUUGGAGCGUGUUUUAAACGUUAGGGUGAGGGAGUUAUAGUUCUAUCAAACCCACUUCCUAUUCAUUGCAUACACUUAACUCAUCCUCAAUCUUUUAACACACGCCGUUUCAUUCUCCGUAGCAGCGCAUACACCAUAAAAAUUCGAGAGGUUGCAGCAAUUGUAGGUUACUCAUCUCUUUGCUUUCGUGAACUUUAAGAUUUAAGGUUGCUGCUCUUUCCUGCUGACUUCGCGGACAACUGAAAUCUUCUAAAUGGACUUCAAUGAUUCACGGGAUGACAUUGUGCCAUUGGCAAACUUGACUGGCAUCCAGUUUGGUCUGUUGACAACAAAUGAGAUUAAAACUUUAUCUGUUAUCCCAUCUAUAAACAAAACUAAGGAACUUGUUGACUCGCGUCUAGGAUUUCCAAAUCCUAGUCAAGAACGAAAAUGCUCCACUUGUGGUGGAACUGACAUCAAUCUCUGUGAGGGACACUUUGGGUGCAUCACUUUACCAAGGCUUAUAUACAAUCCAAAUCUAAUUGUUGACACGGUAGAUAUAUUGAACAAGAUAUGCCCAUCCUGCUCAAAUGUGAAGGAAAAAAAGAAAAAGACAAAUGUUUCAACCUACUUUUCAUUCAUGAAAGAAGGUUGUGAGAAAGGAGAUAAGAGAUCAACUCAUUUAGAAAAGGAUGGAAAUUAUAAAGCCAAAUAUCGGUCAAAAAAAUCAAAGUUUGAUGUUGGUGUUUCUUCUCAAAAUGCUAAUAUGGAUGGGAUAUCAAGUGAUAAAGUUUAUAUGGUCUCUUCUGAUGAUGAAGACCACCCAAAGAUUUCCGAACGUGGAAAGGUUCAAAAUUGCAAUGGAGGCAAUAGACCCAAAAGAAACCUGCCUCCCAGAAAAUCCAAAAAUCCAAAAAUGGACUACUCCGAAGCAUCUCUGUCGAAACUUUCACUAUGGAAACAGGAAUUGAUACAAGAGGACACCAAUAAAUUACCUGUCCAUGCGAUGAGGUCAACUGGAAAGACAUCGAACAAAGUGCAUAAUGGAAGGCUAUCUUUAGAGGAAGAAAAGUAUUCAGAUGGACACUUUUCUACUGUUGUGAGAAAAUGGCCAGUAAAUAUAUCUACAUCAAAGCAGAAAACUAAUGACUGGGGUAGCAUAAACAAAUCAGAGACUGAUGGUGGGAGAAAGUGCAAAUAUUGCCAAACAGAUGUGGAAAAUACAGCUAUAUUGUAUCCACCAAUAAAGUUCCGAAUUGCUUCUAAACACAUCUAUGGAAAAACUUUACCAAGUGUUAUCAUGGAAGUGGAUUUCAGUUCUAGAAGCAAGAUAGACAAAGAUUGGAGAAACCAAAUUGCCUCUGAUUAUUGGGGAUUCAUUCCACAGUGGCAACAUAAUUAUAAUGGUGAAAUUCAAAUGCCUCUGCUUCCAUUUCAGGCAAGGGAUAUUAUGAGAAAGAUCAAAGAUAAGCGAAUUACAGAUUCCCUGGAAGCUCGGUUUCUUGAGUGUAUUGCUGUUACUCCAAAUGUAUAUCGCAUUGAAGAGAGAUAUCACAGGCUAAGCAAUGCACUUGCAUUAAAAUUUGAUAAUAAAACUAGGGCACUUCAAAGGUUAGUAACUAACAUUGAUUGUGUAAAGCGGGCAUCAAUUGAGUCAACUACAUUGAGCCAUGCUGAAAAUAUUGCUUGUACUUUUGGAGGCUUAGUAUUGGACUGUUUUGAAUCCUCUAAGCUUGCUGAUGAAAAGUCCCCUGCUUCAAAAUUCACCAUCAAUGUAAAUUAUGGUGCAACGUCCAAUAAAACUAAAGCCAGUUCUGGUCUGAGAUGGGUAAAAGAAACCCUUUUGGGAAAAAGAUCAAACUUGAGCUUUAGAAUGAUCACUAUUGGGGACCCUAACCUUGCGGUAGAUGAGAUUGCUAUCCCCUCUGAUAUUGCAGAAAUGCUUACAAUUGAAGAAAGAGUUAAUUUUAUGAACUGGGGAAAGCUGAAAGAAUAUGUUGAUGAUAUUCUUGCCAAAUGUUACCUACCAUGGAUGAAAAGAAAUGGAAAUCGUCUACGUAUAUUUCAUAGUAAUCAGUUGGAAAUUGGAGACAUUUUUUAUAGGGAACUCAAAGAUGGAGAUCUCAUUUUGGUAAAUAGACCCCCUUCUGUCCAUAGGCAUUCAAUCAUUGCUUUCAGAGUUAAGCUUAAGCAGUUUAAGUCUGUAGUUGCACUUAAUCCAGUUGCAUGUGCUCCUUUUGGAGCAGACUUCGAUGGUGAUUGUUUAGAUUGUUUUGUCCCACAAUCGGAGAAGUUCAUUGCAGAGGCAGGUGAACUCAUGGCCUUAUCACAACAGGUCAUUAAUUCACAAGGUGGGCAGGCUCUGGUAGCAGUUACUCAUGAUAGUUUGCUGGCUGGACACUUGAUAAUCUCAAAUGACAUUUUUUUUGAUAGAUUUCAGAUGCAGCAGUUUCAAUUAUUUUGCAAUUCAUCAUUACCAAAGCCAGCCAUCGUAAAAGCACCUGUGCUGAGAGGCCCAUUGUGGACGGGAAAGCAAUUAUUUAGCAUGGUAUUUAGCAAUGUAAACUACAGAAAUUUUAGAAAAGAAGUCCUUAUCUGUAAUGGGGAGCUUUUGUUAUGUUCUGGUGGAUCAGAUUGGUUACGGAAUUCACGUGACAGCAUCUUUUGUGCCAUUGCCAGAGAUUAUAGCCCUUCCAAAGCUCUUGACUACCUGUAUUGUGUUCAGUCUGUUUUAAAUGAAUGGAUUUCAGGUAGUGGAUUUAGUGUCAGCUUGUCAGAUAUUCAUCUGGCUUCCAGUGCAUCCCGUCGAAUAAAAAUGAUAGAUGAAGUAAGCCUUGGUAUUUUGGAAGCAAAACAUUCAUCUUUUUGUGCAGAGACUUUAUAUGACCCUUGUGCACGCCAGAUGCUUGUUCCAGAACAGCAUGAACGCCUAUCAGCAUAUUGGAAAAAUGUCAAGAUGAUAGAAAAUGAAUCUGCAACUUUAAGCAAAGAAGCUGCUCAGGAAUUUAAGAGUGUUUAUGCUGACAUCAUUAAGGUUGUUGCAGAACAUAUAGAAAAAGACAAUGCUAUGUUGGCAAUGAUCAAGGCAGGGAGUAAGGGUUCAUUGCAAAAAUUAGUACAGCAGGGUGCUUGUCUUGGUAUGCAGAUGCUUAGAGAAGAGGAAUGUUUCCCUUUUGAAAUCCCACAAAAGAUAUGUAGCUCACAGUGGGUUUGUAAUUCUUCAGCAGUGAAGAACAAUGGAGACGCAUCAAUAAAUAGGAAUGGUUCAGGUUCAAUUGAAAAGUGGUAUUCAUGUGGAUUGGUAGAGAACUCUUUUUUGGAUGGUUUGAAUCCUAUAGAGUAUUUCCUACAUGCAGUUUCAUGCCGUGGCAAUUCCUUUGAGCAAGCAGCAGAUAUACCUGGCCAAAUUUUUAGAAAGCUCAUGUUUUUCUUGCGUGAUAUAUACAUUUCUUAUGAUGGCACGGUUCGGAAUCUUUAUGGAAAUCAAAUCAUGCAGUUUUCUUAUGGUGAUCCUGAGCAAAGUAAUUCAAAAGAGAGUGAUUUGUUUCAUGGAAAGUUCAGAAAAGCACCAGGGGAACCUGUCGGUGCUUUAGCAGCAUCAUCGCUGGGUGAAGUUGCUUACAGCAUUUUAGACAAGCAAUUCAGAAAAGGAGAAGACCACCCUUUGCAUAUUCUUAAGCAAUGUUUUUUUUGUCGAUCCCAUCAACAAAAUGCACGUGCUAGUCAGAGAGUAACUUUGCGAUUAUCAAAGAAACUAGAAAGAAUUCAUUGUGGCAGAGAAUAUGGGGCUCUUAAAGUGAUGGGGCAUCUCCAAAAAGUUAAAUUACAUGAGCUGACCACAAGGGUUGCAAUAAUGUAUGAGCAAAGAAGCAAACUGGAUACAAAAUAUCAAGUGCCAAUGCUUUCUCCAUGGGUUCCACAUUUUUUGCUCUCUAAGGAAACACUAAAGGAAAAGAAACUGUCAGUGGAAUCACUUAUAAGUGUUCUCAAUCAAGAGUACAGGUCUUUGAGAAAGAAGUGGUCAGGAUUUAGUCUUCCUCGUGUGGAUAUAACUUGCUGGAAGCAUUGCCAUUUUCAUGUUGCAGACAAAGAAGAUAAAGAUACAUUGUGCUUGGUAUGCUUGACAGAGGUUUCCUCAGCUGCUUUUUACCAGGAUGGUGUAGCAUAUUCAGAGGCAGUAGCAGAUACUUUGGAUGUGGUCCGUGAUUUUCUGGUACCAAGACUUCUGAAUGUAGUGGUUAAAGGAAAUUCUAAAAUUGAUUAUGUAAAAAUAACAUGGGAGGAAAACAAGCUAGGAGAUGAGGUUGGAAAGAAUACACAAAAUGGUGAGCUUGUGGUCACUGUUGAUUUAUCAAGAGACUGUAAAACAGGAGAACAAUGGAACUUACUUCUAAAUGCUUGUGAGGCAAUUAUGGAUCUCAUUGAUUGGCAACGUAGUGUUCCAGAGAGUAUCUACGAAGUAUGGCAUAGCAUUGGAAUCGAUGCUGCCCGGUCAUGUUGUUUGCAGAGGCUUGGGCAUGUUGCUAGAGCGAUGGAUAAAGCCAUACAUAAAGAGCAUUUGUGCUUGACAGUAGACUGCCUAUCUGUUACUGGAGUGUUUCAUGGUUUGACACCCACUGCUCUUAGUAAACAGCUAAAUCAAACUUCAACUUCUGCUCCUUUUGUUGAAGGAUUUUUCACGAAACCGAGAAAAAACUUUUUGGAAGCAGCUAAGAAGAGUUCUUUGGACAAUCUAUCUGGGACUUUGGAUUCACUGACAUGGGGUAAAGUUCCCUCAAUUGGCACUGGCAUGUGUUUUGAUAUUCUACUGAAUGAGAAGAAACGGGAACCUAUUAAGAGUACAGAUGUUUGUGAACUUCUGAAUGAGAUUAGAAAUGAUCAGGUUUUGGGAUCUCAAGGUGAUUCGGUGGAGAAAUUUCAGCCUAUGGACCUGACAGAAAGCCUUAAGUCUAUAUAUGGAUUGUUGGGUACAUUCACUCACCGAUACAUACUGAAAGAUCAAAAGGAAAAAUGUGGUUUCCAACCAAGUUUUGAGAAGGAUCACAGAACAACUAGUCAACUAUCUGCCAUAAAUACUGAAGAAACAAACAUCACCUGCGAUUUGGAAAAUUACAUUCAAGAAGUGGAGGAGGCAGAUCUCCCACCAGGUUUUGAGCCAGAUAGUGUUAGAGUGCAGAAUGAUUCUGUUGAUCAAGAGACCCAGCAAUGCAAGGAAAAAGCGUUUGAUAAUGGCCCUUCAAGAGUACCAAUCAGACCAAAGUUUCGCGAAAACUUAAACCAAUGGAAGUUCAUAUCACUGUUGUUUGAUCAUUUGCAAAGGACACUUCACAAGAGUUAUAGAGUGGGUGAAACUCUGGAUGAUGAAGAUGGAUCUUUUGUUCUAAAAGUUUUACAAUACCAUCCUCGAAGUACAGCUAAGAUUGGAAGUGGGGUCCAAGAUAUUAAGAUUGGAUGCAACCCGGAAUACCCAAGAACACGGUGCUUUGUAGUGGUUCGUAAAGAUGGUUCCACAGAUCACUUUUCAUUCCAUAAAUGUCUCAAAAAUUUGGCUGCCAAAUUUUCACCGUCACUUGCAUUUGAAUACGAACAAAGAUUUUGCCCCCAGUAACUACCAUGGUUUCAAUAGGUCAAACAGACCAAGCUAAAGUAUCUUAUAUCAUCUAACCCUCUCCUUUUGCAGUGAAAUAAAAGUUAAAAGCUAGCCUUACUGAAUUGUAAAUUCACUUUAAAAGAUCCAAUCUUCUCAUGAACUUUUGAUAUUGAUUACUAACAUUCUACUUCUUAUAUUUUCCAGUCUUCUGUAUGUGUGUUGAGAAAUCAAUUUCCUAGCAGAGCCACAAAUCAUUAAGAAAUGUAAAUCUACAGUUCUUUGAAAUUUGAUUCCAUCUGCUGAAACUUGACAA